GUGAAAAAUGAUGGCCGCUCUCUAUUUGUAAUUUGACAUUUGGUGACAGCUUAACAAAAAACUCUUUUCAGCAUUUAUUUACUUGGAUUGGAUAUUUAAUUUUGAUUUAGUUUGGAAUUAAAAAGGAGAUAAAAUGUCGGCUGGACCGUAUAAUUAUUCGUAUAUUUUCAAAUACAUUAUCAUAGGUGAUAUGGGUGUAGGAAAAUCCUGUCUGCUGCAUCAAUUCACCGAAAAAAAAUUUAUGGCAGAUUGUCCCCACACUAUUGGAGUUGAAUUUGGUACACGCAUCAUUGAAGUAUCAGGGCAAAAAAUUAAACUGCAAAUAUGGGACACUGCAGGUCAAGAACGGUUCAGAGCUGUAACCAGAUCAUACUAUAGAGGGGCUGCUGGAGCCUUGAUGGUUUACGAUAUCACUCGUAGGUCCACUUAUAACCACUUAAGUAGUUGGUUAACGGACACAAGAAAUCUUACAAAUCCUAGUACUGUUAUAUUUCUUAUUGGGAACAAGUGUGAUUUAGAGGGACAACGAGAUGUUACUUAUGAGGAAGCUAGCAAAUUUGCCGAAGAAAAUGGUCUCAUGUUUGUUGAAGCCAGUGCAAAAACUGGAGAUAAUGUUGAAGAAGCUUUCCUGGAAACGGCAAAAAAAAUAUAUCAAAGCAUCCAGGAUGGUCGUUUGGACUUAAAUGCUGCAGAAUCCGGUGUUCAACAUAAACCGUCUCAGCCUGGUCGCAACAAUUUGACCGAUCAACCAGGAAAUAAGGACAACUGUGCUUGCUAGUUAUAUUUCCAGUAGUAUUUAUGAAUAAACCAAAUUGGAAUCUCCAAUUAAAUAUUGUUUUUAAAAUGAUUGGUGAAUGAUGGCGAGUAAUAAUAUGGUAUUAUUUUUAAGAUGUAAUUUUAGUUUUGGCCACUUACUACUUGUAUUGGUGUAUUUUUAUUGAUUUGAGAUUUUUACUACUACGUGGAAUAUUUCACUAAUCAUUUUAGCUCCUCAUUUAUCUUGAUUAAGAUAAAUAGGGCAUUAUCUAAAAAAAUACUAUAGAGGAAUUUAUGUUAAGGGCAAAAAUGCACUUAUUUAAAAAAAUGUAUGGGUGUUCAUAGAAGACAAGAGGUUAAAUUAGAAUUUUUUUAUAAAUUUUAAUUAAAACAUACCUGGGGACACCCAUAAUAAUUACACUAAAAUGUUUGUUAAAUAAUAUUAUGUAUAUGCAAUUUCUGGUUCAUAAAGUACUGUCUAUUUGUUUUUUUAGAACUUUUAAAAGUAGUUAAAACUACAUACUAGAUUUUUAUUUGUAGAUUUUGGUUACCACAAAAAAUUUAGGAACGGUUUGCAUUAAAUGAUGGUUAAUUCCCUACUGUUUGUUUCAUCAUGACUAAUUUAAAAAUACUACUAGGAGGUGACAAUAUUUCAUUUUGUUUAAAAAUCUACCAAUUUUGUCCAGGCUGUAUAGAUUUUUUUGAUAUUAAUUAAGUAAUAAUUCUUAUAUAAGAUUUAAUGAAGAUAAACACAAUGCUAUUUUUUCUUGAUUCCAUGCUUUAACAGAAUAAAAUUUCAUAAAAGCAAAUUUUUUAGUAAUGUAUGUUUGUAAUUUGUGAUGUAUUUAUUAUUAAAUCAUAUAUAAAUAAUUUAGG